CAUAAUCUCCGCAGCUGCUGCUUUCUCCCCUCCAAAAGAGCACUUCAGACUGAAGUAAAUAAACAAGAGUUGUUAACAAAAAUAUUAAUUUGUGGUCACUAUCUUUAAGAGGACAAAAUUUUUGAAUUGUUUUUUCUCUUCUUUUUUGACUUGUUUUAUUCACAGUUAUUUGACGAUAACUAUAAAAUGAUAUUCGGAAACACACACUGGAACCUAAAAACUGGAAUCUAAACUGGAAUCGUCUGUGAAUUCAAAAAAUUUUCCUGCGAUUUUCAAAGUAAUCUGUUUAGCUACAUGACUCGACUGCUAAUGAUCCUCUACAGCUAAAAUUUGGUAUGCUGCUUAAAUUCACUUGAAUAUUGGUGUUUCGUAAAGUGGGUCAGACCCACAAAUACCGGCGGUCACCAUCGGGAUCCUAAUGGAUAAUUUGGACCUGGUCAAUCGCCAGUUCCUCCAGCAUUUGGAACGGGGUUUCGAUUCGCCGCCUCCCUACGCCGAUCAGGAGAAUGUCGGGGGUCGGCAGCAGAGGAGACGUCGGAAGUGCGUCCAACAACAAGUCCAACAGAGGCAGGCCGCAAAUCUUCGAGAGAGACGCCGCAUGCAAUCCAUAAACGACGCCUUCGAAGGACUGAGGGCGCACAUACCUACCCUACCUUACGAGAAACGACUCUCCAAGGUGGACACACUCAGACUGGCCAUUGGAUACAUAGGGUUUCUAAGUGAACUAGUCAAUUCUGGAAGGCACCCUGCCGAUCCACUACAGAGCCAAGUAGCUGAACAGCCUAAAAAAGUCAUCAUACAAUGCCACAGGGGCACUGGUUAUGUACCACUGGCUGGUCACUCCCUCUCAUGGUCCAGUGAGAAAGCAGGUGCCCCAAACGGCAGCGUCAUGGUAGCUAAAGUCUGGACACCCGAAGACCCACGAAGGAACAAAUCAUCCGAAAAUAGUUCUUCCUCUCUCGGCUCCACAUAGUCUCUCAUUCCUCCUCCAAACACUCUUGUUGUACAUUUGUUCAUAAACUUGUCUUUCAUAACUACUCAUCCAGGGUUGAAUGGAUAAAAAAGUGUUCAUAAAAAGGACUUUGCAUUGUAUAGAAAAUAAAUUGUGUAUUUAUUUGCUUGUAA